ACGUGAUGUAAAUUUUUAUUGGGCAUGCGCGUAUACCUACCGAAUAUUUUCCGUGUGAUUUUGAAACGGUGAGAUUUUUCUUACAAAACCCCAUUAUAAAUUGUCUAUUGUGUUUUUAGCUAUAAUUUAUCACUAACCGUACCCAAAUAGUGCAAGUGCAAGGUGUUGUGUCGUCGUGAUAAAGGUCAUUUCUCUAAAUGGCAAUCGGGUUUCAUUUGCCAUCUAAAACUUUGGUUUGUGUAAAAUCUUUGUGAAUUGGAUUGAUACAGCGGCCAUUCAAAAUUCUUCCAGUGAAAAAAACAUGUCAGCACAGAUUAGUGUCCCGUGAAAAAAACUGUUUAGUGCUGCUGUUUGGUGCAGUUUUAGUGUUUAGUGUCUAUUCGUGUGGUUCUAUAACACUAAAUGUCAGUCUCGUGAGGCGUCAGUGGCUACGCCUCGGGUGCAAUGACUUUUACAUGGAUUUGGACACUUUGCAUAUCGUGCAAGGAUAUUUUGGAUAAUACCACGGAUAAUCUGAUUUGGUAAACGAUGGCGCACUACCCACAACCGGCUACCCUAGAGGCGGCGUUACCGCUUCUGGUGCGACCGGACCCCCGGCUGAGGCAGCAGUUAGGCGAGAGACUCGCGGCGUUGGUGCGAAGGGAGGAGCUAACACACGAGAUCAUAGCGCCGCUGCUCGACGCGCUCAUCACUUGGCUCAAUGGAGGGAACUUCAAGGUUGCACAGAGUGGUUUGGAGGUGAUAGGGGCGUUAGCGGAGCGUAUGGGCCCGGAGUUCAGUCACUACGUCUCCACAGUACUGCCGCAUAUUAUUGACAGACUAGCAGACACAAAAGAGGGUGUUCGUGUCGCGGCUCGAGCGUGUAUAUCCUCACUAAGCGACAGCCGAGCGGCGCCCCCGCGGCCUUUGCUCGCGCGUCUAACGCCGGCCUUACAGCACAAAGCGCCACAUGCUAGGGAAGAAGCUUUGAAGUGUAUCGCUGCACUGCUGCAUUCGCACGGAGCAGCGGAACUACAGCUAAGAUCAGCUGUGCCCAGCCUCGCGGCGCUGUUGGGUGACCCCAGCUCGGCCGUGCGGGACGCUGCGGUCCAGUUGUUGGUGGACGUUUACCGACAUGUCGGUGAAAGAUUGCGCCAGGAUCUGAAGAAGAAGGAACUGAUACCGGCGUCGAAGCUGGUGCUUCUAGAACAGAAGUUUGACGAGGCGAGGGAAGCGGGACUUCUGCUGCCCUCUGCUUUGCAAGGCGUGGACGAAGCGGACUUCGUGACCCGCAGCAUCAAGAAAACCAUGACAAUACCCACAUCCGCCCGAAGCAGGGACGGAGACAGCUCGGGAGCCUCUACCCCCGCGUGCGAACCAAAGCGAACAGUCGCCGGACUGUACAGCAUGCCCUCUGCUUCGAGAAAACCUCCUCCACCGGCCAAACUCACUGGUUCAUCUGUUGUGUCAAGCAGCGCGAGUGCGGGUCCGGGCGAGGCAGGCGCGGUGUCCAGUGAGGCCUUCGAAGCGGCCUUCCUAGCCACCGCGCCGGCGGCUAUCUAUGGCGCCAGGGGGCUGGACGACUUGUGCAGGCACUCUGCUGCUGUGCUGGGGGACAAGAGCGCUGACUGGGAGAAACGAAUCGACGCGCUGAAAAAAAUCCGCUCCCUACUGACCGCCAACGCCCACGUACAAUAUCCAACGGAAUUCGCAGCACACCUCAAAGACUUUUCCGUGCCUUUUCUGGUUGUCAUCAAGGAUCUAAGGAGCCAGGUGGUACGCGAAGCUUGUAUCACAAUAGCGCAUAUGGCGAAAGUGCUGAAGAACAAAUUAGAACAGUUCAGUCUCUACAUUCUACAGGAGUUGAUCAACCUUAUACAGAACGCUGCCAAAGUGAUUUCAUCCGCGGGUACUGUGUGCGUACGAUACAUAGUGUUGCACGUGCACGCUCCGCGGUUGAUACCCGUACUGGCGACCAACCUGACGACGCACAAGAGCAAGGAGAUUAGGGCCACUUUGUGUGAAGUACUAGUCCUACUGCUGGAGAGAUGGAGCACCCCCAGUAUAGAAAAGCAACAGGCGGCCGUGAGAGACGCGAUACGACGCGCCUGCGUGGACGCCGAUAGUUCGGCAAGAAAUUAUGCUAGAAAAGCGUUUUUCGCGUACAAACGUCACUUCCCAUCGGACGCGGAGCAAUUAUUUCUAAGGCUGGAUUCGGCAGCACAAAAACAGAUCGAAAGAGAAAGACUUGGCUCGCUGGACAGUCUACAUCACAUUGCCACAGAACGAAGGAAUAUCACAAGUCCCAGAAGUCCUUCUGCAAGCGUUUCAGAGAGGUCCCCGGGCGGCGGCGCGGCGCGAUCAGUGUCAGCAUUGGACGCGGCGGCCGCACAGAGGGCGCGUGCGAGAGCACUCUACUCACACCUGGCGAGGUCGAAGGUCGCCGCCGGCACCGCCAGCUUGCCUCGCGCCAAGAGGUCUCCAGUGAGCGCGGCCGUGCCUCCCAGUCCAGAAAGGAUCGUGGGCCGAUCCCGGUCGCGUCCUGGAGUGAGCCAAUCACAGCCGACCUCAAGAUCCUCGUCACCAUCAUCACGAAGCGGCCCAGUGUCCCUCACCAGUGCGAGACGGAGACCUUCUGGCAUCCCAAGAUCUCUGGCCGGCUCCAGGGAGACCAGUCCCACCAGGACCGGUCGGUCAAGUAGCGUGGCGGGGGGAGUGCGACGCCGCGAGUCAAUGGACCGCCCACAGAGGGCGCCCGCGGCAACUCUUAGACUGCUGCAGCAGUCCAGAGAUGCGGAGGCUGCAUUGAGGAGUCCGGAAGACAGUUCGGCGUGCGAAGUGCGCAGAGACGACGACUCGGAGGCGUCCAGUGUUUGUUCUGAACGCAGCCUCGACUCCUACAGGCGACAUGAUAGCGCGUCAUGGUCGGGGUCGCGGUUGGGCUGGGAGAGCUCGCCGCCGCCGCCUCCCCCGCCCGAUGACAUCAUAGAGCUGUGCGCUUGUACGCACUGGACUGAACGCAAGGACGGACUCACGUAUUUGGCCAACUACCUGAACAGCGGUCGUCUAUUAUCGGAACAGCAGCUGAAGCGGCUUACGGAACUCCUCAACAAGAUGUUCGUGGACGCGCACACCAAGGUGUUCUCGCUGCUGCUGGACGCGGUGUGUGAGCUGCUGCUGGUGCACUCCCACCAGCUGAAGGACUGGCUGUACCAGCUGAUGUUCAGGUUGCUGAUGAAACUGGGCACGGACAUCCUGGGUUCUGUGCAGAGCAAGAUCAUGAAGACUCUGGACGUCAUCCACGAGUAUUUCCCCGCGGAACUGCAAUUGCACAAUAUAUUUAGGUUUCUAGCGGACGGCGCGACGGCACCCACGCCCAAGACCAAGGCGGCCGCGCUGAGGUUUCUGGCGGAUUUAGCGCACGACUAUUGCACGCCCAACAGUCUGGCUGUUGCUUUACAUGGGGGUGCAACGGACGUGGCGGGGCGAGCGCUGGUCAAGGUAGCAGUUUUGGCGGGGGAUCCCCGCGCCGGUGACGUCAGACAGUGCGCCCGACGCGCGCUCGCGUGUCUGUAUGACUGCAACCCUGUGCCGUUCACGGCGCUGAUGUCGGAACUGCCCCCGGACACGCAAGCGCUCGUCAACGGCGUGGUGCAACAGCAUGUCAGAAGAACAUCCAGCACCGGCAGCGACAGUCCCCUUAGAUCGAGUUGUACUCCGAAUGCAGCAACCGCGGAAGACGUGUACUCCCGUAUCAGGAAAACCACCAAUGAAAUACACACCUACACCGCGCAACAUUCCAACGAGUGCGGCAACCACAUGUCGAGCAAAGACUCCGGCAUCAGCCAGAUGUCUGAUGCGACUCUAUCAAAAGGACAAAAUGGCGCCCCCGUGCCCAAUGGGCAUUACAAUGCAGAGAUGAUAGCCCGCGCGGCUUCGGCCGAUAGUUCGGAGGAGGCGAGCAGCACCAAGGAGUCCUCGCCCGUCCCUCACAACAGGCUCGACCUGCACCACGGCGAAUUUAAUUCGAGCCUGUCUCGCGACAAGAUGAAGCCUUACGAAACGGACGAGAAUGGAUUGAUCAUAACCAAGUCUGGUCUCCGAGAAACGGAAGUUUUGGAAGCGCUGAGCAAACUGGACGUGUCCACAGCCGCGCCCGAACACACCGAGCGGCUGUUAUUAGCUACACACGAAAUACUCAAGUAUGGCGACUGCAAGAAACCACAGGAAUACUUCAAGAACAUAGUGAGAGUGGCUCUAGCUACGCUGUCUAUCGACGAAAGCGCGGCGGACAAAGAGAACGCAGAGAACGCGUCCAAUGCACAACAACCCUCAGGAUGGGGCACAGCCAACGAACGAGCCGCGGCCGAAGCCGUCAAGGUGCUAAUCUGGCUCUGCCGAAGACCAGAAACACGACCCCAAUGGCUCGAAUACUUCGACCUUAUACUGCUGAAACUCAUCAACGCAUACGGACCACUCAGCAAAGAGAUAAUGAGGGCGGUUGACGUGGGCAUGCCUCAUAUAGCGGCUGCGUUACCCGCGCUGCAGGUCCUAUUACUGCUAAAGCCCGUGAUACGAACGCGCGGGUACCCAACCUCGCUGUGCGCUGUGAAGUUGGCCACAGAAGUCGCCAAAGCUCGACCUCAUGAACUAACGGAUGAUAUAGUUGCACAGCUCAUGGAGGGCGUCGGACAUUUGGCUGACCACCAAAACUCAGCGGUGCGCAAAGCCGCGGUUUUCUGCAUGGUUGCAUUUACAUUCGCGUUAGGGGAGGAACGGAUGCAGCCACACUUGAAACAUUUAUCUGUCAGCAAAUGUAGACUAUUGCAAGUAUACAUCAGCAAGCAACGCGAAGAGGCCGCAAAAGGCGGUCCACACUCGUAGCGGCGACCGCGCCGCGCCACGCGCAGCACGCAAACCGACUGACCGACGCGUUGGAUAUAGACCGACACUGCGCCGACGAUACAGCGCUGGCCUUGUCGGCCUAAGGCGUUCCAUCUCCGCACCGCCGGCUUGGGCACCGACAUCAACAUCCGUAAUGUCCACUACCUCCGCAACACUAACAUUGCCAUCUUUGACAUUGACAUCUGCAAUGUCUACAUCUACGACAACAUCAACAUGUGUUGGCUUAAGGCGUUCAAUUUCUUCGUGAUUUUUGACUUGAUUGGUUGAGUAAGUUUUUGGUGCAUUUUUAUUUUACUUAAACAUGAUUUCUUGAAAUGCCCAUUCUUGGCCAAAGUUUGGCCAUCAAUGUGAUAAUAGGGAUCGAUUGUAUGGAUAUCGAAAUGCCCAUAUACGGGGUUCAAUUUAUGGUGUUUUAACAAAUGCAAUUUUCGAAACUCGAAAAUAUCCAUAAUUUUUUUCUACACUAACGACAUUAUAGUCACUAUCUUAAACUAAAUCCACUUUUUAUCAUACCAGAAUUUAAUAUUGUGUUGUAUAAUUUAACUGCCUAUACAUAAUGAACUGUAUAUUUAAAUAAUUUCGCAUUUAUUUCAUUUAUAACAAGCUAAAUGGACGGACAAUCAUGUCGGUGCUUUUGUGCUCUGAACGGGUGAUAUUUUGACAUGGGCCAGUAAGAGGAAAAUUACACUAUUUGAUAUUGUUUUAUCCUCAUUUCUCUUGUUUUUUACUUUGCAAUUUAAUUUUUUCUAAGGUACUAUUUUUUUAUGCACUGGUUCUUUAGUGCAAGUUUAUUUAACUAACAGCUGCCCGCAACUUCGCCAGCCUUUAGUUGUAGUAUAUACACUAUACUAUUAGUAAUAGUUUCCGUUUUACUGGCCCAUCUCAAAAAGUCAAUCUUCA